AUGCCGAUGCCGAUGGAGGAGCCGGAAGAACGCCGGAAAUUGUUGCUCAAAAUCACUCGGAUUUUCGACGACGUCCGAACUUCGCAUGCCACCCACAACCGGAAGCUCAAGGAACUCGCCACGCUCCGCUCUUCCUCACCUCCCCCGGAAUUCUGCGCGGCGUUCUGCAAAGCCCUAACGCCGCUUUUCAACUUCCAGCGCCGUACGUCUGCAGCCGAGCGCGUCAUCAAAUUCGCAUCCGUGUUUGCCUGCUCGCGCGGCGUAGAUGGCAGUAGUAGUGAUGAAUUCCUCGAGAAUUUCCUCAAGUUUCUUCUCGUCGCUGCUGGUGCUGCGGACAAAACUGCGAGGUUUAGGGCCUGCCAGAUCGUUUCUGAGAUUAUUAUGCGGUUACCGGAUGAUGCAGAAGUGAGCAAUGGACUCUGGGAUGAGGUGAUUGAUUGCAUGAUGUUACGCGUAGGUGAUAAGUCUCCUAUAAUUCGGACAUUUGCAGCCAGGGCUCUUGCACGCUUUGCCAGUGAUUCAGAGAACAAUGAUAUUCUCGAUUUGUUUCUUGAGAGGUUGCAAGUGGAGCAGAAUGGGGAAGUUCGUAAGAUAAUUGUGAUGUCUUUGCCUCCGUCAACCGCAACUUUAUCAGUAAUUAUUGAUUCUACUCUGGAUGUAAAUGAGUCAGUACGAAAGGCAGCAUACUGUGUUCUAGCCAUUAAAUUUCCUCUACAGAGCCUCAGUAUCAAGCUCAGAACAACAAUUCUCCAGCGAGGUCUAACUGAUCGUUCUACAGCUGUUCAAAAAGAAUGCUUGAGAAUUAUGAAAGAUGAGUGGCUUGAGAAAUGUUGCAAUGGAGACCCUAUAGAACUACUUAAAUUUCUUGAUGUCGAAACCUAUGAAUCAGUUGGGGAGUGUGUAAUGGCUACACUGUUGAAAGCAGGGUUGCUAAAACUCCAUGAUGGUCAAACUAUUCGGAGUUUUUUCAUAUCCAAUGGUGAUUCGAGUGAAGGACACUGCAGUCAUUCUAUUAAGCUAAUGGACGCAGAAAUUGCCUUGUUUUGGAGAAUGGUCUGUAAGCACUUGCAUAUGGAAGCACAGGCAAAGUAUUCGAACUUGGAUGUCCAGAGGGCUUCUGUCAGGUGCCUUGGUCUUUUUGGUUUGUUAGAGAAAAAGCCCAGUGAAGUUAUAGUGAAGCAACUAAGACUUUCUUUCAUCAAGGCGCCUCCUAUGGUUGCAAUAAUCUCUGCAAAGGCGCUACUCGAUCUGGGAAUAUGGCACGGUCUGGAUGAAAUGGACAGAGCCAUGAACUGUAAUCUCUCGUCACAACUCCGUAACCAUACAACACUAGCCCCCAUUGAUUUUUGCAACGAAAGCGAGGAUUUGGAUAUCGAGCUGCUUGAUCUAUUAUUUGUGGGGCUUGGGCACGAUUGGGGUGAUUCUGGGGAAUUGGAGGACAAUCAAUCAAUUCAAGGCGUCCUCGGAGAAGGUUUGGCAAAGAUCCUUCUUUUGAGCAGUAAGUUUUCAGGAUCACAUGUUUCAACACAUCACUUGGUACUUGCUAAGCUCGUCAGCUUGUACUUCAGUAGUGAGAAUGAUGAGCUCCAGAGGUUGAAACAGUGCCUGUCCGUUUUCUUCGAGCACUAUCCAUCACUUUCGGCCAAUCACAAGAAAUGCAUAUCAAAGGCCUUUGUGCCUGUUAUACGUUCCUUGUGGCCUGGUAUUCACGGUAAUGCUUCGGGAUCUAAUCAUAUGGUGUCUAACAUGCGUAAGCGUGCUGCACAAGCAUCACGAUUUAUGCUGCAAAUGAUGCAAGUCCCUUUAAUUGUGAGAGAAUCAACAAAGGCAGACAAUAUUGAAGGGGAGGAUCUUGUUGUUGAUGCUGAUCCUUCAACUGAUUUUGAGAGCGGAGAGGAAGGUCUGGCAAUACGCAUUGCAGUGGAGGUGGCAAGCUUUCCGGCCAAGAAGUCAGCUGCCGAAAAAUCAUAUGUUGCUGCCCUUUGUAGAAUACUUGUCUUGCUCCAAUUCCGGGUUUCAGAACAGGAGGCUGCAAAGCUCACGCGGGGGAUCUUAAAUCAAGUGAUUGCUUCUGUGGCUGCUGAAAAAGAUCUCACAAAGGAAUUGAGACGGAUGACUGAGCGCCUACAGGCAAUAGAUCAAAAUCCAGAAGUGAAACUUUCGCCUGAGCAAGCAAAUCUGAUUUUAGAAAAGCUCGAACUAGAAAUCAACUUGGAUGACGUGGACAACUGCCGCCAGGAAGUGCCUCCAACUCCGGCGGCAAGGCCGUCUGCUCGCCGGAAUGGAUCCAGAAGACGGGCGGCGCGGGGCGGAUAUGAAUCUUCCUCGUCUGACGAGGAAGUGUCCCCGAACUCUGUGGUCCCCACUGUAACCAGCAGCCGCUCUCAGAGGGCAAGCAAAACAGCAGCCAUGAAGAGGAUGGCGGCCAAGCCGACAGUUAGGAUUGACGAGGAUGAUGAUGAUGACGUGGCGGAGGGUUCAGAGGUAACGUCCGAGGAUGAUGAUGACGAUGAUGAUGAUGAUUCCGAGUCUUUUGAGCGGUAA